AUUGAUUCUUCAGUGCCCCUCCUCCACAACCACAGUUUAUUAUUCACCAGCCUCUCCCUCUCCAUCUUCAUAGUUUCUCUGUUGCAUAUUUUCUUCCUGUGAACAAAAGUGGUCAGCCAUGGAAGCAGCAGGAGAUGAGGAGACGCCCUUGCUCCAUCAUCACCCUCCUUCUGGCCUCUAUCAGAAUGGGGAUUCAAGGUUAAAUACUUGUGAUGCAACGGUCGAUGUGAACGGACAACCUGCUGCUAAGGCAAGCACAGGGAACUGGAGAGCCUGCUUCUUCAUUUUAGGUAUCGAAUUCAGCGAAUGCUUGGCCUUCUUCGCGAUCUCUAAGAACUUGGUCACCUACCUCACCAGCGUGCUCCACGAAAGCAACGUCGACGCGGCGAGGAACGUGUCCACUUGGAUCGGCACAACAUUCUUCACGCCACUUGUUGGAGCUUUCUUGGCAGACACGUAUUGGGGAAGAUACAAGACAAUAGUAAUUUUUCUCUCGAUUUACACCAUCGGGAUGCUUGUGCUGACGGUUUCGGCAAUGCUCCCGUCGUUGAUGCAAUCCUCCAACCACGGUGGGAUCCACCGUGUCGCCGUCUACACAGGACUCUAUCUUACUGCCCUUGGCAACGGUGGGAUCAAGCCCUGCACUUCCGCCUUCGGCGCGGACCAGUUUGACAUGGCUGACCCAGUAGAGCGUGUGAAGAAGGGAUCCUUCUUCAACUGUUACUUCUUCGCGAUCAACGUCGGCUCCCUUCUAUCAACCACUGUGAUUGUCUGGGUGCAGGACAAUGUUGGUUGGGGGAUCGGAUUCGCCGUGCCGAUGAUCCUCAUGAGCCUUGGUUUCGCAGUGUUUGUAACCGGUAGGAGGGUGUACAGGUACAAGACACUAGGAGAGAGCCCCAUGACAAGAGUGUCCCGGGUUAUUGUUGCAGCUGCAAGGAAUUGCCAUAUGGAGUUGCCUGAUGAUUGCUCAGCCUUGCAUCACCUACCUUCACCGCCAAUAGAGGCUACCUUGAAGGUUCACCAUACCACUCAGUUCAGAUUUUUGGACAAGGCUGCCAUUCUGCCAACCCCGACGCCGGGGAAGAAGGCCGUGGAGGCGGGUCCGUGGAGACUAUGCACGAUGCCUCAGGUGGAGGAGGUGAAGAUGCUGCUGCGGUUGUGCCCCGCGUGGGUGUCCAUGGUGGUCUUCUUCAUGAUCACAGCACAGAUGUCGUCGACGCUCAUCGAGCAAGGCAUGGCUAUGGACAACCACGUCGGCCCAUUCACCGUGCCACCAGCCUCCCUUGCCGGCUUCGACGUGGUUGCAAUGCUCGUGCUGAUCCCCAUCUACGACGCUGUGCUGGUGCCCUUCGCCCGGCGCGCCACCGGCCUCGACCGGGGACUCUCCCAUCCGCAGCGCCUCGGUGUCGGUCUCGCGCUGUCCAUGCUCGCCAUGGCCUACUCGGCGCUACUUGAGAGGAACCGGCUCGCGGUGGCCGCCACCGGAGCAACAGUGAGCAUCAUGUGGCAGGCACCGGCGUACACAAUACUGGGCGCCGGGGAGGUGUUCGCCGCCAUUGGCGUGAUCGAGCUCUUCUACGACCAAGCGCCGGACGGAAUGAGGAGCAUGUGCACCGCACUCGCGCAGCUCGCUGUCGCGGCGGGGAACUACCUUAACUCGGCCGUGCUGGGCUCCGUCGCGUCCGCCACGGGAUGGAUCCCGGAGGACCUCGACGACGGCCACCUGGACUACUUCUUCUGGCUGAUGGCGGUGCUCGGCGCACUAAACCUGCUGCAGUUCUUGCUCUGCUCUAUUCCGGCCAUGAGGCACACCCGCAGGUAGCCUGGCUUCGUCGUGUUCCGUGUUCAUUUUUCUAUUGAAAAAUAGGAUUACCCCCGGACUCUGCAUCAUUUCAACGCAAACAAGCAUAGUCCAUGUUCAUUUGAAGAAAUUAUAUCAUUUACAAAUAUUAGUAUGCA